AUGUCGUAUCCAAUGAAGAUGGAUAAGGUGGGAGUGGAAACAACAGAGAUGUCUCUGAGUGGACAGAACACGCCUUGCAACCCAUCUAGUCGUGAUAAUUACCAAGAUACCGACUUGAUACAGCUUCUGCAAGGCGGUCUGGUGGAAUCUUCAGUUAAAAGUCUUGGUGUAUCUUACGAGAACCUAACUGUUCGGGGCGUCCAAGCUUCCGCAUCCUCAGUAGAGACUCUUCCAAAAGCCAUCUGGUACACAUUCGGCCCUGGGCUGUGGCAUCUGGCCCGUCGCACGAUACCCAUUAUUCCCUCCACCACACCCAGCCAUGAAAUCAUCCACAAUGUGACAGGCAACGUCCAGCCCGGGGAAAUCAUGCUCGUUCUCGGCCGCCCUGGAUCGGGGUGCUCCACCUUCCUCAAAGCUAUUGCUAAUCAACGCGAAGGGUAUGCUGCAGUGGAAGGAGAUGUUCGCUAUAGCGGCAUUACAGCCGAGGAGCAAAAGCGACAUUACCGUGGCGAAGUUGUUUAUUGCGAAGAGGACGAUAGGCAUUUAGCUUCUUUGACGGCGUGGCAGACUUUGUGGUUUGCUCUCACGGCGAAGACGAAGCGACGCGAGAGAGGAAGUACACCAAACGUCAUCGAUGUACUCCUGCGAGUUUUCAAAAUGAGGCAUGUGUCUUCAACUCUCAUCGGAGACGAGCAUCUUCGGGGUUUAUCUGGCGGCGAAAGAAAGCGCAUCAGCCUUGCUGAGACAUUAGCUACGCGAGCGGCAGUGGCAUGUUGGGACAAUUCAACACGAGGCUUAGAUGCGAGCACAGCCCUCAGCUUUGGGGAAGCUCUUCGUGCAUACACCGAUCUAAGCGGCCGGACAACUCUCAUCAGCCUCUACCAAGCUAGCGAGUCUAUCUACAAUCUCGUUAACAAGGUCAUCGUCUUUGACCAAGGACGGGUCAUUUACCAAGGGCCUGCCCAGGAGGCCAAAAGAUAUUUUGUCGACUUGGGAUAUUAUUGUCCACCCAGGCAAACGACUGCAGAUUUCUUGACGUCAAUUGGUGAUAUCAACAAUGAGAAGUUCCAACAGGGUCGAGGAGAUUGUGCUCACCAGUCACCGCAAGAGCUCGAAGAGUUGUUUCACCGCAGUUCGCAUCACCAAAGGAUACUCGAAGAUGUAAGAAAGACAUACAAUCUUGAUCACAAUGGCCAGACCAAUCCUAGCGAGCUUUUUAGAUAUUCAGUUCACCGGUCAAAAUCAAGACGGGUGUCCCCGAAUUCCCCCUACACUAUUUCAUACGUACGCCAAGUUGCUACAUGUAUCAAGCGCCAACUUUGGCUUAUGUGGUAUGACCGAAACUCCUUUUACGUCAAGCUCGCGACCAUCAUCGUCAACGCUCUCGUUAUCGGAUCUCUUUUCUCCGAGGUUGACUCCGGCUCCACCGACUCAACUUUUGCUCGAAGCGGCAUGACUUUCAUCUCUGUUGGCUUCAUCGGGUGGAUCCAAUUUGCGGAGUUGAAGCCUUCCAUUGAAGGUCGUACGAUAUUGGAACGUCAACGCCAGUUUUCUUUUUGCCGCCCAUCGGCUGUGGUUGUCGGUCGCGCCGUUCUGGACUUGCUGGCCAUGUUGAUCAUGACCUCGACUUUCAGUUUGGCGUUUUAUUUUCUUGCUCAAUACCAAUUUAAUGUAGGAAAAUUUUGGACGUAUUUCUUGUUUGUCUACACGGGUGGAUUCACAUUGACAGCGCUCUAUCGCAUGCUGGCAGCCUUUUCAAAUACGGUGGACGAUGCUAUUCUCUACGUUGGGAUUCUGAUGAAUGUAAUGUUCAUCUACACGGGCUACAACAUUCCCCGCAACACUUUGAUCAAUGACGUGCCUUGGUUUGGCUGGUUUGCCUACAUCAACCCCCUCACGUUUGCGUUCGAGGCUGUCCUGACGAGUGAGAUGGCCGGCAUAUCUUUAAAAUGUAAUCAAGAUCAACUUGUGCCCCGAGGGAAGUUUGCUCUGGAGGGCUUCCAAGGGUGUGGAAUUCCGGGUGCGCAAGUUGGCAGCACCACAGUAGAUGGUCUCGCCUUCUUGAGUGCUGCAUUUGAUUUCCACAAAGAAAAUAUUUGGCGCAAUCUCGGUAUUCUUUUUGCCUUUUCAAUCGCCUUUAUCGUGGUCAAUGUGGUAGCAGUUGACAUGUUCCGUCUCGAAUCCGCCGAUACUCAGUCAACCUUCUACGCGAAGCCGAAUCAAGAAGCUGAAUCACCGAAGGUUGAAGACAAAGGGCCAGAGACUGAUUUGGGUAACAUGGGUCACGGAAAUCAUGUCUUUACAUUCAAAGACCUGGAGUAUACCAUCCCUUAUGGGCAUGGAGAAAAGAAGCUACUACAUGGCGUAACAGGAUAUGUAAAGCCAGGCCAAAUGGUAGCACUAAUCGGAACAUCAGGAGCCGGCAAAAGUACUUUGUUGAAUACUUUAUCCUUUAGACACAGGUUUGGCACAGUCUCGGGGACCAUUGCAGUGGAUGGCAAGAGAGUUGAUCAUAUUGGAAAGUCAGAAGUUGGAUUUUGUGAGCAGCGGGAUGUUCAUGAGGGAUCAGCCACAGUGUUGGAGGCGCUCCGCUUCUCCGCGCUGUUGAGGCAGGAUCGCCAAACUUCUCGUGCCGAGAAACUCGCCUACGUUGACCGGCUCAUCCACCUGCUGGAAUUUAAUGAGCUCAAGCAUGCGCUUGUAUCCUCACUGGAUAUUGAACAGCGUAAGCGAGUAACCAUCGGCGUUGAACUCGUAGCUGCCAAACCCUCAAUGCUCCUAUUCUUAGACGAGCCUACCUCCGGUCUUGAUAGCCAAUCAGCUUAUUCUGUUGUUCGUUUCCUCCGCAAGCUUGCAGAUUCUGGCCAGGCCAUUAUCUGUACGAUUCACCAACCCUCCUCUGACCUCAUCGAGCAAUUUGACUCGAUCUUGGCCCUCAAUCCUGGAGGAAAUACCAGCUACUUCGGACCCUUGGGAGAUGACGGCUCAGUCGUUGUUGAAUACUUUACAGCGCGUGGAUCUCGCCCAGCACCUGCCCAAAACAUUGCUGAGUUCAUCCUGGAGACAACAUCUCGAGCAGCAAGCAGCGUCAAAAAUGACCAGGAACCAAUCGACUGGGACGAAGAGUGGCGUAAAAGCUCUGAGGCAGACAAAGUAGUCAAAGAGAUUGACCGACAUGCUGCUCUUGGACUUGAGAAUGCCCAAACUCGAGAGCCCAGGGUUGAGUCAUUCUCAGCGUCGACUUUCCUCCAAUGCCGGCUCCUGACUAAACGAACAUUUAUAAAGUACUGGAGAGAGCCACACUACUUUUAUGGAAGAAUUUUCAUCCAUUUGACCAUGGGGAUUCUGGUUGGAUUUACUUUCCGAGACAGCUCCAACACCAUUGCGUCUAUUCAGAACCGAAUGCUCAGUUCUAUCAUCAUGCCCUUCUUUAUGACUGCUCCAGUUGUGAACAGCGUUGUCUCUAACUUUUUCACUUUCCGCGAGCUCUGGGAGGACAGAGAACUACCUAGCGGAACGUAUUCGUGGGUAGCAUUCUGCACCGCAAAUAUCAUCGCCGAAAUACCAAUUUCAAUUUUGGCUGGCACUAUCUAUUUCAUUCUCUGGUAUUUCCCGUCAGAGUCCCCCAUAAUCAGUUCCGCGUCAGGAUAUGCCUACGCCUUGACUAUCCUAUGGGCUCUGUUUAUGCCAAGUUUUGGUCACUGGAUCGGUGCAUUCGGCCCAACAUACCAGAUAACCUCUAACAUUCUACCUUGCUUCUUCGUCGGAUUGUCACUAAUAACCACAACAUUCACCCCUUGGCAAUAUAUGCCAGCCGUGUGGAAGUACACAGUCUACUACAUGAACCCAGUGACCUGGUAUAGCCGGGGAAUUCUCUCCACGAUUCUUCCUUCAUAUUCUAUACAGUGCAGCCAGCCUGAGCUGGCAAGAUUCAAUCCGCCCCCGGGGAGCACCUGCGCCGAAUACGCAGGCCACUUUGUCAGUGAGGUGGCCACAUCCGGGUAUCUGCAGAACCCGAACGAAACAUCCAACUGCGGGUUCUGCCAGUAUCAAAAUGGUCUUGAGUAUAUCGAGACUCUCAAUAUCCAUAGUGGAGAUCGAUGGCUGGCCCUUGGCCUUAUGGCCGUCUUUGUUGUCUUAAACUGGGCUCUACUCUUCUUUUUCGUCUAUACCGUCAGGUUCAAGGGGUGGACGUUUGGCAUCGCACAUUUAACCAGACUUUUUUUCAAGGCAAAGCGACGUUUUAAGCAGAGAAGCAAGGGAGAUGAUGUGGAGGUCUGA